AUGGAGCAGGCCAAGCAGGCAGUUAAGGAGUUCCUGUCAAAGAGCGGCCACCAUGACACCACUGUCCAUGAGAGAGUGGCUCCAGCCGUCACCCAUGAGACCAUCACCAAGACUGAGCACGAGGAACUCAUCACCGCCAUUGACAAGGAGAUCCACCAGGAUCACUUUCACACCUCAGUCCAGCCCAUCAACGACGAGUCGAUCCUCGACGAGCAGCACCACUUCAAUCUCGUCGCCGUCGAGCACCGCAGCUUCGAGCAUGACGACGAGAACGAAGUCAAGAGACGCCUGAGCGAGGAAGCAGCCAAGUUCAAGGAUGAACUGGUCCAUGUGGAAGGCAAGCACACCAACGCCGUUCUGCCAGUCGUCGCCGGCGAGCACAUUCACCAUCAUGUGCACGAGACGAUUCAGCCAAUUGUCCACAGACAAGUGAUCGAACCUCACAUCAUCCACACGACCGUCCCCAUCCAUGAGGUGCACCACAAUGCAGCUCAGCACCACGCUACCUCGGCACUCCCAGCAGUCUCUCUUGCCGACUUCAAGAGACAAGGCGGUGUCCUUACAGGCCGAGAAGAGCGCUAUGAUGGUUUCGAAGGAGAGCCUCGCUCGGUCGGUAAGGCGCUGGGAGGCAACAACUCCAGGCCAACCUCCAGUCAAACGGGCGCUUCUGGUCCCAACGGGAACAGCACCGAUCAACCAGCUUCUACCACCGCAGCACCAACCACAGCCGCUAAGACUGCCGCGACGGAUGCUGCCCCUGCCAGAACAGGCUCAGCUAAGCCCUCCCUGCUCGACAGGAUCAACCCAAUGAAGGACGCGGACGGUGAUGGCCGCAAGGGCAUCAUGUCCUAG